UGGUUCCAAGGAAUAAGACAACAAAUAACAGCAUCGGAACUUCUCAGUGCAGAGAUAAUCACAGAAGAAACUAUGCAGAAACUCCAGGAAGGAAAAGAAACAGCACAAGAAAUAGCGCAAAUGGAUAAUGUGAGAAGAUACCUUGAGGGAACUGGAAGCAUUGCUGGUGUGCUCGUGCCAUCCAAGGCGGACUCCACUAAGAUGGAGAAGAUGAGCAUCUACCAGGCCAUGUGGAAGGGCAUCCUGAGGCCAGGGACAGCACUAGUGCUGCUAGAGGCACAAGCUGCCACAGGCUUCAUCAUAGACCCAGUCAAGAAUAAAAAGAUAUCUGUGGAUGAAGCUGUCAUGUCCGGGCUGGUGGGCAGUGAAUUACAGAAAAAACUUCUUUGCGCAGAAAAAGCUGUGACGGGCUACACCCACCCCUGCACAGGACAAAAGAUGUCCCUCUUCCAGGCCAUGAAGAAGGAGCUCAUCGUCAAGGAGCACGGCAUCCGCCUGCUCGAGGCCCAGAUCGCCACCGGCGGCAUCAUCGACCCCGUGCACAGCCACCGCCUCCCUGUAGAAGCUGCCUACAAGCGCGGCUACUUUGACCAGGAGAUGAACCAGAUCCUCUCCGACCCCAGCGACGACACCAAAGGCUUCUUCGACCCCAACACACACGAGAACCUCACCUACAUGCAGCUCCUGCGACGCUGCGUGCCCGACCCGGACACGGGGCUGCUCAUGCUGCAGCUGAUGGACAAGGGCUCGGUGCUCUACCAGCUGACCGAGGACGCCCGCAAAGCCCUGCAGGCUGCCCGCACCACCGUCAGCGUGGGGCUCUUCCAGGGCCAGAGCGUCACCGUCUGGGAGCUCCUCUUCUCUCGCUACAUCCCCGACCACCGGCGCCAGGACCUCCUGCGGAAGUACAAGGCGGGGACGCUGGCCAUCUCCGAGAUGAUCACCCUCCUCACCGCCAUCAUCACCGGGGCCGAGGGCCAGGGCCACGGCGCCGCCCUGGCCCACAAGCCGACGCAGCGGGAGGCCCCACAGCCGGCUGAGAACGGCGAGGCCUGGGAGCUGGAGCUGGAGCGGGCCCUGACGUCCCACACCGUCGAGGUCUCGGCAGGCGGCUUCCACGGCAGGAAGGUCUCCCUGUGGGAGCUCCUCUUCUCCAAGUACGUCUCCGAGGCGAAGAGGCAGGAGCUGCUGGGGAAGGUCCGCGACGGCAGCCUGGCGCUGGACGAGCUGGCGAGGCUCCUCACCGUCCUCAUCCAGGAGGCGGUGGAGCAGAGCAGCAAGGUGAAAUUCACAGGCCUCAGGCGGCAGGUGACCGCCUCGGACCUGCUGGACUCGGGCAUCAUCGACAAGGACACGCUGGCCGACCUCGUCCAGGGCUCCAAGACGGUGCAGCAGGUGACGGAAAUGGCCUCCGUCAAGCGCUACCUGGAUGGCACGGGCUGCAUCGCCGGCGUGCUGGUGCCGUCCAAGGCCGACCCAGCCAAGAUGGAGAAGAUGAGCAUCUACCAGGCCAUGUGGAAGGGCAUCCUGAGGCAGGGCACAGCCUUGGUGCUGCUGGAGGCGCAGGCUGCCACCGGCUUCCUCGUCGACCCGCUCACCAACCAGAAGCUCUCUGUGGACGAGGCCGUCUCGUCCGGGCUGGUGGGCAGCGAGCUGCACGAGAAGCUCCUGUCGGCCGAGAGGGCCGUGACGGGCUACACCGACCCCUACACCGGCGACCAGAUCUCCCUCUUCCAGGCCAUGAAGAAGGAGCUCAUCGUCAAGGAGCACGGCAUCCGCCUGCUCGAGGCCCAGAUCGCCACCGGCGGCAUCAUCGACCCCGUGCACAGCCACCGCCUCCCUGUAGAAGCUGCCUACAAGCGCGGCUACUUUGACCAGGAGAUGAACCAGAUCCUCUCCGACCCCAGCGACGACACCAAAGGCUUCUUCGACCCCAACACACACGAGAACCUCACCUACAUGCAGCUCCUGCGACGCUGCGUGCCCGACCCGGACACGGGGCUGCUCAUGCUGCAGCUGAUGGACAAGGGCUCGGUGCUCUACCAGCUGACCGAGGACGCCCGCAAAGCCCUGCAGGCUGCCCGCACCACCGUCAGCGUGGGGCUCUUCCAGGGCCAGAGCGUCACCGUCUGGGAGCUCCUCUUCUCUCGCUACAUCCCCGACCACCGGCGCCAGGACCUCCUGCGGAAGUACAAGGCGGGGACGCUGGCCAUCUCCGAGAUGAUCACCCUCCUCACCGCCAUCAUCACCGGGGCCGAGGGCCAGGGCCACGGCGCCGCCCUGGCCCACAAGCCGACGCAGCGGGAGGCCCCACAGCCGGCUGAGAACGGCGAGGCCCGGGAGCUGGAGCUGGAGCGGGCCCUGACGUCCCACACCGUCGAGGUCUCGGCAGGCGGCUUCCACGGCAGGAAGGUCUCCCUGUGGGAGCUCCUCUUCUCCAAGUACGUCUCCGAGGCGAAGAGGCAGGAGCUGCUGGGGAAGGUCCGCGACGGCAGCCUGGCGCUGGACAAGCUGGCGAGGCUCCUCACCGUCCUCAUCCAGGAGGCGGUGGAGCAGAGCAGCAAGGUGAAAUUCACAGGCCUCAGGCGGCAGGUGACCGCCUCGGACCUGCUGGACUCGGGCAUCAUCGACAAGGACACGCUGGCCGACCUCGUCCAGGGCUCCAAGACGGUGCAGCAGGUGACGGAAAUGGCCUCCGUCAAGCGCUACCUGGAGGGCACGGGCUGCAUCGCCGGCGUGCUGGUGCCGUCCAAGGCCGACCCGGCCAAGAUGGAGAAGAUGAGCAUCUACCAGGCCAUGUGGAAGGGCAUCCUGAGGCAGGGCACAGCCUUGGUGCUGCUGGAGGCGCAGGCUGCCACCGGCUUCCUCGUCGACCCGCUCACCAACCAGAAGCUCUCUGUGGACGAGGCCGUCUCGUCCGGGCUGGUGGGCAGCGAGCUGCACGAGAAGCUCCUGUCGGCCGAGAGGGCCGUGACGGGCUACACCGACCCCUACACCGGCGACCAGAUCUCCCUCUUCCAGGCCAUGAAGAAGGAGCUCAUCGUCAAGGAGCACGGCAUCCGCCUGCUCGAGGCCCAGAUCGCCACCGGCGGCAUCAUCGACCCCGUGCACAGCCACCGCCUCCCCGUAGAAGCUGCCUACAAGCGCGGCUACUUUGACCAGGAGAUGAACCAGAUCCUCUCCGACCCCAGCGACGACACCAAAGGCUUCUUCGACCCCAACACACACGAGAACCUCACCUACAUGCAGCUCCUGCGACGCUGUGUGCCCGACCUGGACACGGGGCUGCUCAUGCUGCAGCUGAUGGACAAGGGCUCGGUGCUCUACCAGCUGACCGAGGACGCCCGCAAAGCCCUGCAGGCUGCCCGCACCACCGUCAGCGUGGGGCUCUUCCAGGGCCAGAGCGUCACCGUCUGGGAGCUCCUCUUCUCUCGCUACAUCCCUGACCACCGGCGCCAGGACCUCCUGCGGAAGUACAAGGCGGGGACGCUGGCCAUCUCCGAGAUGAUCACCCUCCUCACCGCCAUCAUCACCGGGGCCGAGGGCCAGGGCCACGGCGCCGCCCUGGCCCGCCAGCCGACGCAGCGGGAGGCCCCACAGCCGGCUGAGAACGGCGAGGCCCGGGAGCUGGAGCUGGAGCGGGCCCUGACGUCCCACACCGUCGAGGUCUCGGCAGGCGGCUUCCACGGCAGGAAGGUCUCCCUGUGGGAGCUCCUCUUCUCCAAGUACGUCUCCGAGGCGAAGAGGCAGGAGCUGCUGGGGAAGGUCCACGACGGCAGCCUGGCGCUGGACGAGCUGGCGAGGCUCCUCACCGUCCUCAUCCAGGAGGCGGUGGAGCAGAGCAGCAAGGUGAAAUUCACAGGCCUCAGGCGGCAGGUGACCGCCUCGGACCUGCUGGACUCGGGCAUCAUCGACAAGGACAUGCUGGCCGACCUCGUCCAGGGCUCCAAGACGGUGCAGCAGGUGACGGAAAUGGCCUCCGUCAAGCGCUACCUGGACGGCACAGGCUGCAUCGCCGGCGUGCUGGUGCCGUCCAAGGCCGACCCGGCCAAGAUGGAGAAGAUGAGCAUCUACCAGGCCAUGUGGAAGGGCAUCCUGAGGCAGGGCACGGCCCUGGUGCUGCUGGAGGCGCAGGCUGCCACCGGCUUCCUCGUCGACCCGCUCACCAACCAGAAGCUCUCUGUGGACGAGGCCGUCUCGUCCGGGCUGGUGGGCAGCGAGCUGCACGAGAAGCUCCUGUCGGCCGAGAGGGCCGUGACGGGCUACACCGACCCCUACACCGGCGACCAGAUCUCCCUCUUCCAGGCCAUGAAGAAGGAGCUCAUCGUCAAGGAGCACGGCAUCCGCCUGCUCGAGGCCCAGAUCGCCACCGGCGGCAUCAUCGACCCCGUGCACAGCCACCGCCUCCCCGUAGAAGCUGCCUACAAGCGCGGCUACUUUGACCAGGAGAUGAACCAGAUCCUCUCCGACCCCAGCGACGACACCAAAGGCUUCUUCGACCCCAACACACACGAGAACCUCACCUACAUGCAGCUCCUGCGACGCUGUGUGCCCGACCUGGACACGGGGCUGCUCAUGCUGCAGCUGAUGGACAAGGGCUCGGUGCUCUACCAGCUGACCGAGGACGCCCGCAAAGCCCUGCAGGCUGCCCGCACCACCGUCAGCGUGGGGCUCUUCCAGGGCCAGAGCGUCACCGUCUGGGAGCUCCUCUUCUCUCGCUACAUCCCCGACCACCGGCGCCAGGACCUCCUGCGGAAGUACAAGGCGGGGACGCUGGCCAUCUCCGAGAUGAUCACCCUCCUCACCGCCAUCAUCACCGGGGCCGAGGGCCAGGGCCACGGCGCCGCCCUGGCCCGCCAGCCGACGCAGCGGGAGGCCCCACAGCCGGCUGAGAACGGCGAGGCCCGGGAGCUGGAGCUGGAGCGGGCCCUGACGUCCCACACCGUCGAGGUCUCGGCAGGCGGCUUCCACGGCAGGAAGGUCUCCCUGUGGGAGCUCCUCUUCUCCAAGUACGUCUCCGAGGCGAAGAGGCAGGAGCUGCUGGGGAAGGUCCACGACGGCAGCCUGGCGCUGGACGAGCUGGCGAGGCUCCUCACCGUCCUCAUCCAGGAGGCGGUGGAGCAGAGCAGCAAGGUGAAAUUCACAGGCCUCAGGCGGCAGGUGACCGCCUCGGACCUGCUGGACUCGGGCAUCAUCGACAAGGACAUGCUGGCCGACCUCGUCCAGGGCUCCAAGACGGUGCAGCAGGUGACGGAAAUGGCCUCCGUCAAGCGCUACCUGGACGGCACAGGCUGCAUCGCCGGCGUGCUGGUGCCGUCCAAGGCCGACCCGGCCAAGAUGGAGAAGAUGAGCAUCUACCAGGCCAUGUGGAAGGGCAUCCUGAGGCAGGGCACGGCCCUGGUGCUGCUGGAGGCGCAGGCUGCCACCGGCUUCCUCGUCGACCCGCUCACCAACCAGAAGCUCUCUGUGGACGAGGCCGUCUCGUCCGGGCUGGUGGGCAGCGAGCUGCACGAGAAGCUCCUGUCGGCCGAGAGGGCCGUGACGGGCUACACCGACCCCUACACCGGCGACCAGAUCUCCCUCUUCCAGGCCAUGAAGAAGGAGCUCAUCGUCAAGGAGCACGGCAUCCGCCUGCUCGAGGCCCAGAUCGCCACCGGCGGCAUCAUCGACCCCGUGCACAGCCACCGCCUCCCCGUAGAAGCUGCCUACAAGCGCGGCUACUUUGACCAGGAGAUGAACCAGAUCCUCUCCGACCCCAGCGACGACACCAAAGGCUUCUUCGACCCCAACACACACGAGAACCUCACCUACAUGCAGCUCCUGCGACGCUGCGUGCCCGACCCGGACACGGGGCUGCUCAUGCUGCAGCUGAUGGACAAGGGCUCAGUGCUCUACCAGCUGACCGAGGACGCCCGCAAAGCCCUGCAGGCUGCCCGCACCACCGUCAGCGUGGGGCUCUUCCAGGGCCAGAGCGUCACCGUCUGGGAGCUCCUCUUCUCUCGCUACAUCCCCGACCACCGGCGCCAGGACCUCCUGCGGAAGUACAAGGCGGGGACGCUGGCCAUCUCCGAGAUGAUCACCCUCCUCACCGCCAUCAUCACCGGGGCCGAGGGCCAGGGCCACGGCGCCGCCCUGGCCCGCCAGCCGACGCAGCGGGAGGCCCCACCGCCGGCUGAGAACGGCGAGGCCCGGGAGCUGGAGCUGGAGCGGGCCCUGACGUCCCACACCAUUGAGGUCUCGGGAGGCGGCUUCCACGGCAGGAAGGUCUCCCUGUGGGAGCUCCUCUUCUCCAAGUACGUCUCCGAGGCGAAGAGGCAGGAGCUGCUGGGGAAGGUCCGCGACGGCAGCCUGGCGCUGGACGAGCUGGCGAGGCUCCUCACCGUCCUCAUCCAGGAGGCGGUGGAGCAGAGCAGCAAGGUGAAAUUCACAGGCCUCAGGCGGCAGGUGACCGCCUCGGACCUGCUGGACUCGGGCAUCAUCGACAAGGACACGCUGGCCGACCUCGUCCAGGGCUCCAAGACGGUGCAGCAGGUGAUGGAAAUGGCCUCCGUCAAGCGCUACCUGGAUGGCACGGGCUGCAUCGCCGGCGUGCUGGUGCCGUCCAAGGCCGACCCGGCCAAGAUGGAGAAGAUGAGCAUCUACCAGGCCAUGUGGAAGGGCAUCCUGAGGCAGGGCACGGCCUUGGUGCUGCUGGAGGCGCAGGCUGCCACCGGCUUCCUCGUCGACCCGCUCACCAACCAGAAGCUCUCUGUGGACGAGGCCGUCUCGUCCGGGCUGGUGGGCAGCGAGCUGCACGAGAAGCUCCUGUCGGCCGAGAGGGCCGUGACGGGCUACACCGACCCCUACACCGGCGACCAGAUCUCCCUCUUCCAGGCCAUGAAGAAGGAGCUCAUCGUCAAGGAGCACGGCAUCCGCCUGCUCGAGGCCCAGAUCGCCACCGGCGGCAUCAUCGACCCCGUGCACAGCCACCGCCUCCCCGUAGAAGCUGCCUACAAGCGCGGCUACUUUGACCAGGAGAUGAACCAGAUCCUCUCCGACCCCAGCGACGACACCAAAGGCUUCUUCGACCCCAACACACACGAGAACCUCACCUACAUGCAGCUCCUGCGACGCUGCGUGCCCGACCCGGACACGGGGCUGCUCAUGCUGCAGCUGAUGGACAAGGGCUCGGUGCUCUAUCAGCUGACCGAGGAUGCCCGCAAAGCCCUGCAGGCUGCCCGCACCACCGUCAGCGUGGGGCUCUUCCAGGGCCAGAGCGUCACCGUCUGGGAGCUCCUCUUCUCUCGCUACAUCCCCGACCACCGGCGCCAGGACCUCCUGCGGAAGUACAAGGCGGGGACGCUGGCCAUCUCCGAGAUGAUCACCCUCCUCACCGCCAUCAUCACCGGGGCCGAGGGCCAGGGCCACGGCGCCGCCCUGGCCCGCCAGCCGACGCAGCGGGAGGCCCCACCGCCGGCUGAGAACGGCGAGGCCCGGGAGCUGGAGCUGGAGCGGGCGCUGACGUCCCACACCAUUGAGGUCUCGGCAGGCGGCUUCCACGGCAGGAAGGUCUCCCUGUGGGAGCUCCUCUUCUCCAAGUACGUCUCCGAGGCGAAGAGGCAGGAGCUGCUGGGGAAGGUCCGCGACGGCAGCCUGGCGCUGGACGAGCUGGCGAGGCUCCUCACCGUCCUCAUCCAGGAGGCGGUGGAGCAGAGCAGCAAGGUGAAAUUCACAGGCCUCAGGCGGCAGGUGACCGCCUCGGACCUGCUGGACUCGGGCAUCAUCGACAAGGACACGCUGGCCGACCUCGUCCAGGGCUCCAAGACGGUGCAGCAGGUGACGGAAAUGGCCUCCGUCAAGCGCUACCUGGAGGGCACAGGCUGCAUCGCUGGCGUGCUGGUGCCGUCCAAGGCCGACCCAGCCAAGAUGGAGAAGAUGAGCAUCUACCAGGCCAUGUGGAAGGGCAUCCUGAGGCAGGGCACGGCCUUGGUGCUGCUGGAGGCGCAGGCUGCCACCGGCUUCCUCGUCGACCCGCUCACCAACCAGAAGCUCUCUGUGGACGAGGCCGUCUCGUCCGGGCUGGUGGGCAGCGAGCUGCACGAGAAGCUCCUGUCGGCCGAGAGGGCCGUGACGGGCUACACCGACCCCUACACCGGCGACCAGAUCUCCCUCUUCCAGGCCAUGAAGAAGGAGCUCAUCGUCAAGGAGCACGGCAUCCGCCUGCUCGAGGCCCAGAUCGCCACCGGCGGCAUCAUCGACCCCGUGCACAGCCACCGCCUCCCCGUAGAAGCUGCCUACAAGCGCGGCUACUUUGACCAGGAGAUGAACCAGAUCCUCUCCGACCCCAGCGACGACACCAAAGGCUUCUUCGACCCCAACACACACGAGAACCUCACCUACAUGCAGCUCCUGCGACGCUGCGUGCCCGACCCGGACACGGGGCUGCUCAUGCUGCAGCUGAUGGACAAGGGCUCGGUGCUCUACCAGCUGACCGAGGACGCCCGCAAAGCCCUGCAGGCUGCCCGCACCACCGUCAGCGUGGGGCUCUUCCAGGGCCAGAGCGUCACCGUCUGGGAGCUCCUCUUCUCUCGCUACAUCCCCGACCACCGGCGCCAGGACCUCCUGCGGAAGUACAAGGCGGGGACGCUGGCCAUCUCCGAGAUGAUCACCCUCCUCACCGCCAUCAUCACCGGGGCCGAGGGCCAGGGCCACGGCGCCACCCUGGCCCGCCAGCCGACGCAGCGGGAGCGGGAGCUGGAGCUGGAGCGGGCCCUGACGUCCCACACCAUUGAGGUCUCGGCAGGCGGCUUCCACGGCAGGAAGGUCUCCCUGUGGGAGCUCCUCUUCUCCAAGUACGUCUCCGAGGCGAAGAGGCAGGAGCUGCUGGGGAAGGUCCGCGACGGCAGCCUGGCACUGGACGAGCUGGCGAGGCUCCUCACCGUCCUCAUCCAGGAGGCGGUGGAGCAGAGCAGCAAGGUGAAAUUCACAGGCCUCAGGCGGCAGGUGACCGCCUCGGACCUGCUGGACUCGGGCAUCAUCGACAAGGACACGCUGGCCGACCUCGUCCAGGGCUCCAAGACGGUGCAGCAGGUGACGGAAAUGGCCUCCGUCAAGCGCUACCUGGAUGGCACGGGCUGCAUCGCCGGCGUGCUGGUGCCGUCCAAGGCCGACCCGGCCAAGAUGGAGAAGAUGAGCAUCUACCAGGCCAUGUGGAAGGGCAUCCUGAGGCAGGGCACGGCCCUGGUGCUGCUGGAGGCGCAGGCUGCCACCGGCUUCCUCGUCGACCCGCUCACCAACCAGAAGCUCUCUGUGGAUGAGGCCGUCUCGUCCGGGCUGGUGGGCAGCGAGCUGCACGAGAAGCUCCUGUCGGCCGAGAGGGCCGUGACGGGCUACACCGACCCCUACACCGGCGACCAGAUCUCCCUCUUCCAGGCCAUGAAGAAGGAGCUCAUCGUCAAGGAGCACGGCAUCCGCCUGCUCGAGGCCCAGAUCGCCACCGGCGGCAUCAUCGACCCCGUGCACAGCCACCGCCUCCCCGUAGAAGCUGCCUACAAGCGCGGCUACUUUGACCAGGAGAUGAACCAGAUCCUCUCCGACCCCAGCGACGACACCAAAGGCUUCUUCGACCCCAACACACACGAGAACCUCACCUACAUGCAGCUCCUGCGACGCUGCGUGCCCGACCCGGACACGGGGCUGCUCAUGCUGCAGCUGAUGGACAAGGGCUCGGUGCUCUACCAGCUGACCGAGGACGCCCGCAAAGCCCUGCAGGCUGCCCGCACCACCGUCAGCGUGGGGCUCUUCCAGGGCCAGAGCGUCACCGUCUGGGAGCUCCUCUUCUCUCGCUACAUCCCCGACCACCGGCGCCAGGACCUCCUGCGGAAGUACAAGGCGGGGACGCUGGCCAUCUCCGAGAUGAUCACCCUCCUCACCGCCAUCAUCACCGGGGCCGAGGGCCAGGGCCACGGCGCCGCCCUGGCCCGCCAGCCGACGCAGCGGGAGGCCCCACCGCCGGCUGAGAACGGCGAGGCCGCGGGCUCCCGGCGGGAGCGGGAGCGGGAGCGGGAGCGGGAGCGGGACCUGGAGCUGGAGCGGGAGCGGGAGCUGGAGCUGGAGCGGGCCCUGACGUCCCACACCGUCGAGGUCUCGGCAGGCGGCUUCCACGGCAGGAAGGUCUCCCUGUGGGAGCUCCUCUUCUCCAAGUACGUCUCCGAGGCGAAGAGGCAGGAGCUGCUGGGGAAGGUCCGCGACGGCAGCCUGGCGCUGGACGAGCUGGCGAGGCUCCUCACCGUCCUCAUCCAGGAGGCGGUGGAGCAGAGCAGCAAGGUGAAAUUCACAGGCCUCAGGCGGCAGGUGACCGCCUCGGACCUGCUGGACUCGGGCAUCAUCGACAAGGACACGCUGGCCGACCUCGUCCAGGGCUCCAAGACGGUGCAGCAGGUGACGGAAAUGGCCUCCGUCAAGCGCUACCUGGACGGCACGGGCUGCAUCGCCGGCGUGCUGGUGCCGUCCAAGGCCAACCCGGCCAAGAUGGAGAAGAUGAGCAUCUACCAGGCCAUGUGGAAGGGCAUCCUGAGGCAGGGCACGGCCCUGGUGCUGCUGGAGGCGCAGGCUGCCACCGGCUUCCUCGUCGACCCGCUCACCAACCAGAAGCUCUCUGUGGACGAGGCCGUCUCGUCCGGGCUGGUGGGCAGCGAGCUGCACGAGAAGCUCCUGUCGGCCGAGAGGGCCGUGACGGGCUACACCGACCCCUACACCGGCGACCAGAUCUCCCUCUUCCAGGCCAUGAAGAAGGAGCUCAUCGUCAAGGAGCACGGCAUCCGCCUGCUCGAGGCCCAGAUCGCCACCGGCGGCAUCAUCGACCCCGUGCACAGCCACCGCCUCCCCGUAGAAGCUGCCUACAAGCGCGGCUACUUUGACCAGGAGAUGAACCAGAUCCUCUCCGACCCCAGCGACGACACCAAAGGCUUCUUCGACCCCAACACACACGAGAACCUCACCUACAUGCAGCUCCUGCGACGCUGCGUGCUUGACCCAGACUCUAAUCUUUAUUUCCUUAAUGUGCAGCCCAUGUGCAUGUUCCUGGAGUACAGACAGCCUCUGGACCACUGUGCCAUACAGUUCACCAAGGACACCUACACCUUCCAGCAGGCAAGGCCAGGCCAUGGCAGUGAUACCCAGGCCAAGGUGCCUCCAUACCAGGCUGCAGGGAAGCUGCAGGACCGGGCGAACAACGAGUCAAGCAACACAGGAAGCAACCUGAUUGGAAGUGAACACACGGAGAUGUGUGGUGGUGGGAGUAACUUCAUAGCUGGUGUCUUCAUCCAGGCCAAGAAUAAGAAGAUGAGCAUCUAUGAUGCCAUGAUGAGGGGGCUCCUGACGCCAGGUACGGCCCUGGUGCUGCUGGAGGCGCAGGCUGCCUCAGGGUUCCUCACUGACCCGGUAAGGAAUGCCAAGCUAUCAGUGAAAGAGGCACUGACUGCGGGACUUAUAGGCAGAGAUUUUUAUGAGAAGCUUUUGUCAGCAGAGGGAGCCGUGACAGGGUACACAGAGCCAUACACAGGACACAAGAUCUCCCUCUUCCAGGCCAUGAAGAAAGAGUUCAUCGUCAAGGAGCACGCUAUCCGCCUGCUUGAGGCCCAGAUCGCCACCGGCGGCAUCAUCGACCCCAUCAACAGCCACCGCCUCCCCGUGAAGGUGGCCUACCAGCAAGGCUACUUGGACCAGGAAAUGUGCCAGUUUCUUCUGAACCACAAGAAUCAAACAAGAAGUUGUUUUGACCCCAACACGCAUGAAAACCUCACUUAUACACAGCUCCUCCGCCGCUGCGUGCCCGACCCGGACACAGGGCUGCUCAUGCUCCAAGUGAUGGACAAGGGCUCGGUGCUCUACCAGCUGACCGAGGACGCCCGCAAAGCCCUGCAGGCUGCCCGCACCACCGUCAGCGUGGGGCUCUUCCAGGGCCAGAGCGUCACCGUCUGGGAGCUCCUCUUCUCUCGCUACAUCUCUGAUCGCCAGAGAGAGGAGCUGCUGAGGAAAUAUAAGGUGGGGACGGUGACCAUCCCAGAAAUGAUCACCACUCUCACUGCCAUCAUCACCAAGGCAGAAACAGGAAACCAGGAUCUGAGCUCAUCCACAGUAACACCCAGCUGUGAGGUGGGAUCGCCACAACCUGUACAGGACACACACUCCCAGGAGCAGCAGUUGAGAAAGUCAUUAAAGUCUGCGACCAUCUAUGUCACUGCUGGUGAGUUCCAGGGACAAAAUGUUUCCUUGCUGGAUCUGCUCUUUUCCAAAUAUAUCCCUCAGGGGAAGCGGCAGGAGCUGCUGGAGCUGUACAGAGCAGGCAUACUGACCACAGAACAGGUGGCUACUGUCGUCACCACCACGAUCAACAAAACAGAAGCUGCCAAUACCACACUCACAGCAAAUACCAGAAGUCCACAGAAGGUGGUGACAAGGGCAGAGGAAAAUGGAGAUGAUGUUUCAGCACAAGAUGCACAACUAGAUAACGUCUUGAAGUCUACCACCAUUGACAUGCCAGCUGGUGAGUUCUCUGUGUGGGACCUGCUCUUCUCUGACUACAUCCCUGAGGAAAAAAGGCAGGAGCUUCUGGAGCUCUACCGUGGAAGGGUAUUAACCCUGGAGAAGAUGAUAACUGUUGUCACCACCCUCAUUAAGAAAAAAGAAUCUACAGGCAGGAAAUUCCUAAUUGCAGUGAAGACUUCCAACAAGGACACUGUGCCAGUGGCAGGAGAGAAGGAUGCUGACUCCUCCAAAGAAGAACCAUGGGAAACAGCCUUGAAAAACACAGUUGUCGACAUGGAGGCUGGAGAGUUUCAGGGCCACAAGGUCUCUGUGUGGGACUUGCUCCACUCGAAGUAUAUCCCCGAGGAGAACAGAAAGGAGCUGCUAGAGCUGUACCAGGCAGGAGAGUUAACCCUUGAGCAGGUGAAAACUGUUGUCAGCACUAUUGUAACCAAGGCAGAGGAAGCAAGAGCAGAGCAAUCAGCACAUGAGAGUAGUCCAACGGCAGAGACAACAGUCCCUGAAGCUGAGCACACGCACCACCUGCAAGAGGACAGGACCUGGGAAGAAACCCUGAAGUCAACCACAGUUGAGAUGGCAGUGGAUGAGUUCCAGGGGAGGCAAGUCUCCUUGUGGGACCUGCUCUUCUCUGACUACAUCUCUGAGGACAAAAGGCAGGAGCUUCUGGAGUUGUACUGUACUGGGACACUGGCCUUGGAGCAGAUGAUAACUGUUGUCACCACCCUCAUUAAGAAAAAAGAAUCUACAGGCAGGAAAUUCCUAAUUGCAGUGAAGACUUUCAACAAGGACACUGUGCCAGUGGCAGGAGAGAAGGAUGCUGACUCCUCCAAAGAAGAACCAUGGGAAACAGCCUUGAAAAACACAGUUGUCGAUAUGGAGGCUGGAGAGUUUCAGGGCCACAAGGUCUCUGUGUGGGACUUGCUCCACUCGAAGUAUAUCCCCGAGGAGAACAGAAAGGAGCUGCUAGAGCUGUACCAGGCAGGAGAGUUAACCCUUGAGCAGGUGAAAACUGUUGUCAGCACUAUUGUAACCAAGGCAGAGGAAGCAAGAGCAGAGCAAUCAGCACAUGAGAGUAGUCCAACGGCAGAGACAACAGUCCCUGAAGCUGAGCACACACACCACCUGCAAGAGGACAGGACCUGGGAAGAAACCCUGAAGUCAACCACAGUUGAGAUGGCAGUGGAUGAGUUCCAGGGGAGGCAAGUCUCCGUGUGGGACCUGCUCUUCUCUGACUACAUCCCUGAGGACAAAAGGCAGGAGCUUCUGGAGCUGUACUGUGCUGGAACACUCCCCAUUCAGCAACUCAUCAGCACCAUCAGCAGCAUUGCAAUUGCCAGCAAAGAAAGGAAACUUGCAACCCUUCCCCAGCAGACAGUGGAUCUCCUCCAGUCUGAGGGCUCCUACAUUACCUUUGGCCAAUUUCAGGAGCAGAGGGUGUCAGUAUGGGAGCUCCUCUCCACCAAGCAAGUCUCUGAGUACAAACGAGAGGCACAUCUUGACACUUACGGCACAGGGGGGCUGACUGUGAACAAGAUCACCAUCACCACCACUGUAGUCACGGGCCCACAGGGAAAGAAGAGACACCACCAGGACCACUAG